AUGGACAGUCAGGCCAAGGUGAGGGUUCACGAGAUUCAGGCUCUCAGCAGCAAAGGGGUUCAGAUUCCACUUUCCAGGAGAGGCAGUUCGGGGAUGGAAAAGCGAUACAGCAAUGCUGAAAGGCCCAGUGCUUCACCAUGGGGCGCACCAGUAUUAUUUGUGAGAAAAAAAGAUGGCUCGCUGAGGAUGUGUAUCAAUUAUCGACAGCUGAACAAUGCUCCUAUAAAGAAUAGGUAUCCCCUUCUGAGGAUCGAUGACUUGUUUGAUCAACUACAAAGUUCUAAGUACUUCUCAAAGAUUGAUUUGAGAUUAGGGUACCAUCAGGUACGAGUUCGAGAGAAAGAUAUUCCGAAGACAACUUUUAGAACUAGAUAUGGGAAUUUUGAGUUUUUGGUUAUGUCUAUUGGAUUGACCAAUGCCCCAGCAGUGUUUAUGGACCUGAUGAAUAGCAUAUUCAGGCCAUAUCUAGAUACGUUUAUGAUUGUAUUUAUUGAUGAUAUUUUGGUCUAUUCGCAUUCAAAAGUUGAGCAUGCGGAUCAUUUGCGAGCAGUCCUUCAGGUUCUUUGA